AUUUGUUAGUGUACGUUUAAAAAAAUUAAUAAAUCAUGCAAAAAUCAAUCAAAAUUUUUAUAACAAUAAUCAUUAUCGGUAUUAGUAUCACUAUUAUUGGUCUGUUACUUUAUUUUAAUCCAGAUUGGCCGGAUAAUAAUGAUAAUGAUGAUCGAAUGUUUAAACGAGCUCAUCAUCGAACAUAUGAAGGAUUCGAAAAAGAUUAUAAUUUAGAAUGGAAAAAAGAUUUUUUCUUCAUUCAAGCUGCCGAUCCACAAUAUGGUUUGAUGGAAAAACUAGAAAAUCCUAAUCUAAUUGUUUCGAAAAAUUGGACCAAUGAACGUGAAUUGCUUACAAAAGCUAUUAAACAAUGGAAUGAAAUGAAUCCAAAACCUAGAUUUGUUGUUAUUUGUGGUGAUUUAGUUAAUGAUCCACCAUUCCAAAAUCAAACAAAACGUCGUGAACAAUUAAAUGAUCUGAAAAAAGAUCUUCAUCAAUUAGAUCAAUCAAUACCAUUGAUUUUAUUACCCGGUAAUCAUGAUCUAAUGGAUAAACCAACAUUAGAAUCAUUAAAACAAUAUACCGAUGAAUUUGGUGAUGAUUAUUAUUCAUUUUGGAUCGAUUCAAUUAUGUUUAUUGUAUUGAAUACACAAUAUUAUAAAAAUCAUGAUCAAAUGAUUAAUGAAUUUAAUGAACAAAAUAAAUGGAUUGAUGAACAAUUAAUGGAUGCUAAAUCAAAUAAUUAUACUCAUGUAAUCAUAUUUCAACACAUACCAUGGUUUUUGAAGAAAAUCGAUGAACCAGAUAUGGACUAUAAUACAAUUGCAUCAAAAAUUCGACAACCAUUAAUGGAAAAAUUUAUCGAUGCAAAUAUUCAUUAUAUAUUUGCUGGUCAUAUGCAUCAAAAUUUUGAAGGUGAAUUCUUUAUCAAUGAUAAUCGAUGGUUAAAAAUGAUAACAACAUCGGCUAUUGGUGCACAAUAUCAUGCAAUCGAUACAGAACCUCCCAGUAAAAGUGGUUAUCGUAUCGUUAAUGUUACACGUACAAAUAUUCAACAAAAAUAUGUCCAAAUUGAAAAAGAAUAGAAAACUAACAAAAUCUAACAAAAAUACAAAUUUAUUUAUUGCUCAAAUAGUUGACAAAUCAUAAUUAUUAUGAU